AACCAGUACGAGAAGCACAAGGAGGUGUCGACGUCUCAGGGGGUGAAGAUUCUGGGUAAAGACCUGGAGAAGACGUUGGCAGGGCUCCCCCUGCUGGUGGCUCACAAGGAUGACGAGAUCCCUGUGCUGAGGGAUGAACUCGUCCGAGAGUUGAAACAAACUCUGAGCUCCAUCAAGCUGGAGGAGAAAGGAGUUUACGUCCAGGCGUCGACGCUCGGGUCGCUGGAGGCUCUGCUCGAGUACCUGCGCACAUCUAAAGUCCCUUACGCCGGGAUCAACAUCGGCCCGGUUCAUAAGAAGGAUGUGAUGAGGGCGUCGACGAUGCUGGAACACGACACCCAGUACGCUGUGAUCCUGGCGUUUGACGUGAAGGUGGAGAGGGAGAGUCAGGAAAUGGCCGACAGCCUCGGAGUUCGUAUCUUCUCGGCUGAAAUCAUCUACCACCUGUUUGACGCCUUCACCAAGUACAGAGAGGAUUAUAAGAAGGCCAAGCAGGACGAGUUCAAGCACAUCGCCGUGUUUCCUGUGAAGCUGAAAAUUCUUCCUCAGUUCAUCUUCAACUCCAGAGAUCCCAUCGUGAUGGGGGUGACGGUGGAGGCCGGCGUCCUGAAGCAGGGGACGCCAAUCUGCGUCCCCAGCAAAGGGUUUGUGGACGUCGGUGUGGUGACGAGCAUCGAGAUGAACCACAAAUCUGUGGACACGGCUAAGAAAGGCCAGGAGAUCUGCAUCAAGAUCGAGCCCAUUCCCGGCGAGUCCCCCAAGAUGUACGGCCGCCAUUUUGAAGCCACCGACAUGCUCGUCAGCAAGAUCACACGGGCGUCGAUCGACGCUCUGAAGAACUGGUUCAGAGACGAGAUGCAGAGAACCGACUGGCAGCUGAUCGUCGAGUUAAAGAAGACGUUCGAGAUCAUCUGAGGGACCUGACACACACACAUACACACUCACACACACACACACACACACACACUUCCUCCCGCGGACGAUGAGGGUCGGACAAAAAAACGAAACAAAAAAAAAAAGACAAAAAACUGAAAAAAGACG